ACGUCAUUGAUCACGUGCUGCUGAUAAAGGGACACUGCUUUGAAUUAUACCGCUUAGCGACUUCAGUACAUGCCUCAUAGCUCCAGUCUCAAACUUAACCCCGUCCCUGCUGAAGAAGAGGCGGUCUGCUGGAUGGAGAAAGAAGCUCUCGUGAAAGAGAUGGAGGAAGAGGAGGCUGUUACAAUACAAAAACAAGUAGAGGUUGAGGCUGUUACCGUGAAAGAAGAAGAGAAAGACGUCUCAGUUAAAGAAGAGGGAGACUCGUUCAAAGUUAAUAAAGAGGAGGACGACGACGUUUCAGUGAACGAAGAGGAGGGGGAGGUGACUGUCACAUCGGAAAAUGAAGAAGAGGAGGAAACUGGAUAUCUGGGCCCGGUUUCCCAAGCGCAUCUUAAGGCGUCCGAUGGUUCUAACGAUGAACGGGCCCUGAUUAACACUAGAGAGAGACCUGACUAUGGUGGAUCCUCUGGGGGGCCUCAACAACCUCAUGAUGCUGAUGAGGCAGAGGAGAGUCUCUCCACUUCAAAACACCUCAAGAAACACCAGCAGAGACCCACAGGGAAGAAAUCUCAUUGCUGCUCUGACUGUGGGAAAGGUUGCAAAUCUUCAUCAGAACUUAAAAUACACCAAAGAACACACACAGGAGAGAACCCUUAUAGCUGUGGUCAAUGUGGGAGGAGUUUUGUUCAAUCUAGCCAUCUGACUGAACACCACAGAACACACACAGGAGAGAAACCUUAUAGCUGUGAUCAAUGUGGGAGGAGUUUUGUUCAAUCUAGCAAUCUGACAGUACACCAGAGAACACACACAGGAGAGAAACCGUAUAGCUGUGAUCAAUGUGGGAGGAGUUUUGUUCAAUCUAGCCAGCUGACUUCACACCAGAGAACACACACAGGAGAGAAACGUUUUAGCUGUGAUCAAUGUGACAAGAGAUACUCUGAUAAAAGAUCUCUGAUCAAACAUCAGAAAAUACAUACAUGAAGAGGUUGUUUCAAGAUAUCAAUGAAAUAAUCUCACAAUGUAGAAUGUUUUAACAUUGUAGUAGGUGUAUUUUAGUGAUGUCACAAUGUAGAAUGUUUUAACAUUGUAGUAGGAGUAUUUUAAUUAUGUCACAAUGUAGAAUGUGUUAACAUUGUAGUAGGAGUGUUUUAAUUAUGUCACAAUGUAGAAUGUUUUAACAUUGUAGUAGGAGUAUUUUAAUGAUGUUCUACCUUAUCGUUUGCCCUGUUCAAUUGAUUGCAGCAUGAUAUGGAUAUUAGCCUCAGGGGAAAAUCCAGGCUCUGAAUUGAAAUAUUAUUUAACAAAGUGAGUAACAAAAAAAGAGCUGUGUUACCCUUACUGCGUUGGUGACCCACUUUAAUCAAAAUGCAGCACUUCAAAAUGUAGCUAGCUGUUUUCUACUAGUUGAAAAAGCUGCUUGUUUAAAAAAUACAUGUAAUAUGAUAAUUGUUGCAGAUGAAAGCAGUAUAAUAAAUUGGUCUAUAAUCAGUUUUAUUAACAA